UGCUCCUGUUACGAUCAGGCGUUGCGACAGUGGUUGUGUUUGGGGCACAUGUGAGGUUGAGCUAAGUGUGGUCUUUAGCAUGGCGAAAGUCUCCAAGAAAAACAGUAAUAAAAAGAAGUUAAUGGUGAGCUGCGGUGAUCCUGCCAUCAGCGAGGGGGAUCAGCAGCUGCUGUAUGAAGACGAAGAAGAAGAACAAGGCGGUAUGGAUAAAGCAGAGGAAGAAACCAUGAGCAGCGAGGAGGACGAGGGAGAGGAUGAACGAAAACGGCAAAAAUUGCUGGAGGGGAUCAGGUCGCUGGGUGGGAAGAGGAAGAAGGCGCUGGGGGAGAGGUCUGAGGCGGCCGGACAAAUGUCCGAGUUCUCCGUGAACCCUGACGGUGGUCCCGGUAAGGUCCAGCUGUCGGAUCUGAUCGGGAGCUUAGAAAAGACCCCCGCCGUUCCAGCUAAAAGUAAAAAGCAGUUGAAGAAUCUGCAGCGCUCUAAGAAAACCAUUGAAUCUCCUCUGAGCAAACAAGAGACUGAGAGGAUCCAGAGGGACAUGGCUUUCCAGAAGGCAGCAUCAGAGGUGAGCCGCUGGGACGGCGUUAUCACCCAGAACCAGAGGGCCGAACAGCUGCUGUUCCCUCUGAACCGGGACCCGGCCGGCCCCAGACCUGUAGAGAGACUGGUGGUGGGCUGGAAGGCUCGGACUCCACUGGAGCAGGAGAUCUUUGCUCUGUUGUCUGCCAACAAGCAGCCCCUUAUUGACCCCAUUCUGACCCCUGCUGAGGAGGCGUCAGUAAAGGCCAUGAGCCUGGAGGAGGCUAAGAUCCGCCGUGCUGAGCUGCAAAAAGCCCGGGCCCUGCAGUCCUAUUAUGAGGCCAAGGCUCGGAGAGAGAGAAAAAUCAAAAGCAAGAAGUAUCACAAAGUGCAGAACAAGGCCAAGCGGAAGGAAUUCCUGAAGCACUUUGAAGAGAUGGUUCAGAUGGAUCCAGCAGUUGCUCUGCAGGAACUGAAUAAGAUGGAGCUGGCCAGGAUGCAGGAGAGGAUGACAUUAAAACACCAGAACAGCAGCAAGUGGGCCAAGUCAAAGGCCAUCAUGGCCAAAUAUGACGAAGAGGCUCGCAAAGCUAUGCAGCAGCAGCUGGAGAUGAACAAAGAGCUCACUCAAAGGCUGAUUACUCCACUCAACGAUGAUGAUGAUGAUGAUGAGGAGGAGGAGGCAGCAGCAGAUGAGGCUGAUAUGCUUCCUGACUUUGUGAACGAUGCAGUGGAUGGUCGAGAUGCAUCAAAUCCGUGGAUGAAAGGCAAGCUAUCUGCAGAACCAGCACAGCAGCAGCUGAGUGACGCACUGACUGAGGCAGCACAGGCCUCAGUCAGUGAGGAAGAGGAGGAAGAGGAGUGUCAGACUGGGGAAACAGAAGAGGAAGCCCUCCUCAGAGAGUUUAACAGUAGGAGGAAACUGCACCAAGCUCAGGAGUCUGACGCAGCAGGAGGUGUUUUAUCAGAGGGGGUGACAGAGGACAUAGCUGCAGCGGUCGAGUCGGAGGCUUCUGACAGUGAUGACAGCUGUCUGUUGGAGCCCCCAAGCAUCUCCAGAGGAAGAGAAAAUGUCCUGAAAGAGACAAAAGCAACUGACCGCUCUGAGCGGUCAGCUCUGCUGGAGGAGAGGCUGAUGAGGAUCAGGACUGUGGAAGACUUGGAGCUUCUCCCUCAUGAGCCAUCAGAUGAACCCAGUCAGCCUCCCACUACAAAAGCCCCUCCCUCUGAAGAGAAGCACCUAGGCAAAAGGAAAAAGAAAGGAAUAGAGUUGAAAGAAGUUCUCACUAAAGAGACAAAGCUUAUCAAAGUUCCAUUUACUCCAACUGUCACAGACUCUGAGGAUCCAGAAGCUAAGAUUGACCAAAGAGGACUGAUUAAGGAAGCUUUUGCUGGAGAUGAUGUAAUCUCAGACUUUCUUAAAGAUAAAAGGAGGAAGGAGGAUGAAGGGAAGUCAAAGGUGAUAGACCUCACCCUGCCUGGCUGGGGGGACUGGGGGGGGGUGGGUCUAAAGCCACCAAAAAGAAAGCGCAGAAGGUUUAGGGUUAAGAGUGCCCCUCCUCCACCAAGGAAAGACCAGCAUCUUCCCAGUGUCAUCAUCUCUGAGAAGAGGAACACCUCUGUCAGCCUCCACCAGGUUCAUUCCCUGCCAUUCCCCUUUGAGAACCAUGCACAGUUUGAGAGCUGUAUCCGCUCACCACUUGGCCGCGCCUGGAACACGGAGCGAACUGUGAAAAAGGUCACCAAACCCAGAGUGGUCACCCAGCUGGGGGCCAUCAUUGAUCCCAUGGCUGAGGAGGAACUGCUGAAGAACAACAAGAAGGUGGUUGCUAGUAGCUAGGGGAAGUCCAUGCAGAUCAGAAAGUGGCAGCAAUUUUCACUAGAACAAUUUUGGACCGAUUAAUUUUAUCAUGUAUGUCAAAGAAAAAAUUACAUUUCCCUUAAAAUGAUUUGAAAUACGAGUGUAACUGAAAUGCUUCAUCUUUUCUGUUCAGUCACAUUUAUAUCAACUGAGUAAUGAAGCAGAUUAAAUAAAUGUGUAAUUUCAAUGCCUUGUGUGUCUGUGAACAGACAGUGGAAUGCAGUUUGCUUUUUACAGAUCAUCAUGUUGGUGUGUGCUGCUCCUUUUCCAUAAUUAUCUUAUUGUUGGAUAAAUUGUGGGAAAGUGUGUGCUUAGUGUAAAAGAUGGGAGGAUCUAAUGAGGCAUUGUGACAUUGGUGAAGCUGUAUUAAUAAAAUAUCUAAUAUGGUCAA